AUGGCGUCCAAUUCCCAACCGCUCAAGGCUUCGAAGGCCAAGCAGCCAACCACCCUCCCAAACGUUUCCGGGAAGAGCCGCGCCGCCGCGCCGCCAGCCGAGCCCGGGCCCACCGUUAGCUGCCCGCGGAGGAAGGAGUGUCCCAGAGGGUCUGCCGCGCCUGGACGCUUCUGCCAAGGGGAGCCGUCGGCAGGGAGGCAGAAAAGCCGCGGAAGCCGCUCUGCGGAGCAGCGCGGGGGGGCAAGAGCGGGUCCGAGCGAGGGGCGCUUCCGCAGGGCCGGGCAGAGCCGGCGGCUCCCGCCAGGCUGCCCCUUCCUUCCUCCUUUCCCGCGUGGGGAAGGGGUCGGGGAGGGCCGCCGCCCGAGCCCAGCCAGGGGCCGAAGGGCCGCCCCGCCUGCCUGCCUGCCUGCGGACGGGCGCAGCACGGCGGGGGGGCGGCCUUCUGGCCCCUCCCGCGGGCCUCCCGGACGGGCCGGCACAGUAGGCCGCCGCCCCCAGCGCUCCCCCACCGCUGCCCCUUCCGCCGGCGCCCCGCUGGCCCCGGGCCCCGCCGGGGGAGGAGCCCGCUUCCUGCCUGCGCGCCCGGAGCGGAGGGCCAGGAGGAGCCGGGCGCGCGGCCGCCCCACCGGUUCCAGCUUCCCCGCGGCCUCCGCCCGUUUCCCGGACCCGCCGCCGCCGCAGAGGCCUCCCCCCGGCGCGGGCGGCCCCGAGGACCCCUCACCUGCGAGCGGCCCGGCGGCGGCCACGUCGGGCUGGCGCAGGAGGCCCGUCCGGGCCACGUCCCUCUCCGGGAGAGGCGCCCCGCCCGCCACAUGGGACCCCCGUCCCGCGCCAGCCGCCCCGCUCGGGCGCCCCAGGGACCCCGCCCCGCUCACCAGGCCGCGCGGUGACCCCCUGACCCGGCGAGCGGUGUCGCCAUAG